GCGGCUGGUACCGGCCGUAGGGAGAGCAGGAUGCUGGAGAUGGCGGCGGCGGUGGAAAUGCGGCUGUAGCGCUGCCGCCCUGUCUCUCUGUGCUUCGCCUCGGGCCGCGCCUGAGCGAGGAGCACCUGUGAGGAAGCGGGGCUGCCGCCCCGGGGCGGCUCGGACUGCGCUGUGCCUCCCGCCCAAUACAGAAGAAUGUCUUUGUUUAAAGCUAGAGACUGGUGGUCCACCGUACUUGGAGAAAAGGAAGAAUUUGACCAAGGCUGCCUGUGUGUUGCUGAUGUUGAUAAUAGUGGCAGUGGACAAGAUAAAGUUAUUGUGGGCAGUUAUAUGGGAUACCUCCGAAUCUUUAAUCCACAUCCUGUGAAACCUGGAGAUGAAGUACAGCCCGAAGACUUACUCUUGGAAGUGCAGUUGCGAGAACCAAUAUUGCAGGUGGAAGUGGGAAAAUUUGUUUCUGGUACUGAAGCACUUCAUCUGGCUGUGUUGCAUUGCCGAAAACUCUGUGUAUAUGCUGUUUCAGGAACUCUGGGAAAUGUGGAACAUGGGAACCAGUAUCAGAUUAAGCUGAUGUAUGAGCACAAUCUUCAGAGAACUGCUUGUAAUAUGACUUAUGGUCCAUUUGGUGGUGUAAAAGGUCGAGAUUUGAUAUGCAUACAGUCCAUGGAUGGGAUGCUUAUGUUGUUUGAACAGGAAAGCUAUGCUUUUGGCCGUUUUUUACCCGGUUUUCUUCUGCCUGGUCCCUUGACUUACAGCUCUCGCACAGAUUCUUUCAUUACAGUGUCUUCAUGUCAACAGGUUGAGAGUUACAAAUACCAAGUGCUGGCAUUUGCGACAGAUGCUGAUGAAAGACAAGAAACAGAACAGCAAAAACUUAGCUCUGGAAAAAGGCUUGUGGUGGAUUGGGUUCUAAACAUCGGAGAGCAAGCACUGGAUAUAUGCGUUGUCUCAUUUAAUCAGGGAGUUUCUUCUGUUUUUGUGCUUGGUGAGAGAAACUUCUUUUGCCUUAAGGAUAAUGGGCAAAUACGAUUUAUGAAAAAGCUUGAUUACAGUCCGAGUUGCUUCAUUCCUUAUUGUUCAGUGCAAGAAGGAACAAUAAACACUUUAAUUGGAAAUCACAAUAAGAUGUUGAAUGUUUAUCAAGAUGUUACACUGAAAUGGGCCACUCAACUUCCCCACAUUCCUGUAUCAGUAAAAGUAGCGAAUUUUCAAGACUUGAAGGGUGUUAUAGUCACUCUGACUGAUGAUGGGCAUCUUCAGUGUUCAUACCUUGGAACCGAUCCUUCAAUCUUCCAGGCUCCUAAGGUUGAUGCUAGGGAAAUAAACUAUGAAGAAAUGAAUGCUGAAAUGAAAGAGCUUCAAAAAAUCAUCAGGGAGGCCACAAAAACACAAGAUAUUUUGCCUGAAUCUGAAAAACGGAGAGAUCUAACUGUCACAGCAGAGGUUUCACCUGAUUUGGAUGCAGAAUCUCAAGCCAUUGAGAGUGAAGUAAAAGCAGAGGCGGUACCAUCAGUCACAGUAAAGAUAACAGUCCAGAGCAGAGUGGCUGCGCAGAAGCCGAGCCUGGCAGUCUGUGUGCAAGCUCCGUUAGCAGUGACCUGUGACCAGUUCGUCUUUGAUGAUUUAGAACCGGAUUCAUCUGAAACUGUGGUCCUGUCUGUCUUUUUGAAGGGGAAUUGUACUCCAUCAGAAUUAGAAGGAAAUUGCAUGGUUUCAUAUAAUAUACCAACAGAACUCAAUCCUGAAGGAAUAUCGAGAGUCGCGCAGUGUAACUUCAGUCUGCCUUUGCGCUUAGUUUGCUUUCCAUCUCAGCCUUCAAAAGCAGCAAACCACAAGCUAACUAUUGAUACCAACAAACCUCCCGUCAGUUUUCUCACCAUUUUUCCAGACUUUGUUGAUCCAUCUGAGGGUGACCAGGCAAAUGCUCUGGGAUUUCUAUUUUUAACUGGUUCAAAAACCACUCUUCUUGCUUCAAAGACAUCACAACGAUAUAGGAUCCAGAGCGACCAGUUGGAAGACCUUUGGCUGAUAACGAAAGAGCUCACACGCCGACUAGAGGAACAUUUCAAGAAGCAAAACUGCAAAGAUUUUGCAUGUACCUUUUCUGGUUCAAUUCCUCUGCAAGAAUAUUUUGAACUAAUUGAUCGACAUUUUGAGCUACGUUUGAAUGCUGAAAAAUUUCAGGAGCUGUUAUCUGAAAGGGCCGUACAGUUUCGAGCUAUUGAGCGACGACUGCUGACACGAUUCAAAGAUAAAACUCCUGCUCCUCUUCAACAUCUGGACACCUUGCUAGAAGGAACAUUCAGAGAGGUAAUAGCUCUAGCAGAUGCAGCAGAAGAAAAUCAAGCCAACGUGUUCCAGGCAUUCACAAAGUUGAAAAGUGCCACCCAUCUGGUGAUUAUGCUGAUUAGUUUGUGGCAGAAGCUCAGCACUGAUCAAGUUGCUAUUCUGGAAGCUACGUUUUUGCCAUUAGCAGAAGAUACACAAGAGCUGGGUUGGGAAGAAACUGUGGAUGCUGCAGUUUCUUACUUGUUAAGAACUUGUUUGUCAAAGAGCUCUAAAGAGCAGGCCCUGACUCUCAGCAGCCAGUUGUGCAUGCCCAAAGAUACCAGCAGACUGAAGAAGAACAUCACCCUCUUCUGUGAUAGAUUGGCCAAAGGUGGUCGCCUUUCAUUAAGUACAGACUUGGCCACUCAGCAAGCUGCUGUCAUGCCAGGUGGCUGUGCUACAAUCCCAGAGUCUGAUUUAGAGGAAAGAACCCUUAUACCGGGCUCUACAGCAAUGUUUUCCAGUCACGGGCAGAUCACAAAGCAGAAAUCCAAGCAUGGUUUGUCUGAGGAUGCAGCAGAGGAAGCAAAAAGCCAUGAAACCUGAAGACAACCCUCAGGAGGAAUUUCUGUCUGAUGUCUGAUGCAUUUAUAAUGCAGUAGUACUGAUACAUUUUAAUCUGUACUGAUUGCAGUUUCCAGGAGAGGACUGUGCUAAUUUAUUAAGAAAAAAAAACCCAAACAAGUUACAUUCUAAUAAUUUUGGUUGGGUCUCCCUUAACAACUACUAGCAUCCUUUCUGUGAGCAAAGUUUAAGCACUUACCCAAAUGUUGUAGGGGUGUUGUGUUGUAUUUUACAAUAUAUCAUCCCUUUCUAAGGAUUCAGUUGAUUGAUCAAAGACUGUUUACACAUAGUUAAAAGCAGCCUUUGUUUCAGGAUAUGUUUUAUCUUUUUAAAAAAGAUAUUCUGAACUGUGCCUCCCUUUGAGAUUAUAUUAACAUUUGUUAUAUCACAGUUUUGACAAAAGAUAACUAUCUCGUUUCCUCUUGUACUAACGUUCACAAUUCCAGACAGCUGAAUUCACUACCAGAAGAAAAACUGGUAAUCCAUCAACUCUUUUUCUCCUCUCUCAUUGCUUAUACAGACUCCUGCUCUCUAGAGAUAUAGAGUAAAAUAUGGGUACUGGACAUAAAGGGCAAACCCUUUUGCCAUUAACUAUGUCACUAUGAAUGGGAAUAAAGUUUACACUGUAAGUAUGUUGAACACAGCAACACAUGGAUCUUUUUAUGGUUACCUGUGUUUUUCUUGUCAAUCAGUCUGUUCUCGUUAUGGGCAAGAUUUUCAAAAGUAACUAACAAUUUUUGAGUGCCUUAAUUUUUAUUAGUCUGGUUGGAGGAUGCUUUGAGUGUUGUGUAUUUAGAAAGUGGUGAGUAUUCACCUUCUGAAGGUCAGGUCCACGCAAGGUACUUGAAAUGGAACGCCCAGCAACUGAGGCAAACUUUGAGAGGACCUUGGCCUAGAGUUUGGAAGAGUCAGGCUCGUGUCCGGAUUUCUGAGACUGAGUUAAGAUAUUACUAAAAUGUACUUGGAAAUGAAAAUGACUGAGACCUGGGUCAAAUGUAUAAACAGCAUUUGAAUGAGCCCUCUUCUGACUGCUGCUGGUUCAUACCAAAAUACAAGUUGGCAGUCUCUUGGAUGGCAGAUAGAAAAUGCACUGAUAGUCUCAGUUUAGUUUCUGGUAGAUGCGAUUGUCUGAGCCAUCUCCACAGUCCAUGCUCCUGUUGAUCUCCUCAACAGGGGUUCACCAACUCCUGUUCUAGCUGUAGAAUAGGCCCCUCCAACUCACUUUUGUUUUAGAAGAGAUUGUGACAGUUGCUGUGGUCGAUGCUAGCUUGAUUUGUGGACAAUAAGGAGACACUUUUUCCAGGAUGUCUUAAGCCAUCAACCUUCAUCCUCUCCAUAUCUACUUUCAACUUCUUUGCAUCCACCCCUGAAACAAAACCAGCUUUGCACUACUUGUGUAUUUGCUGCUUAACCCUCUGGUCCUACUCUAGUUCAGUAAACAUGAUAUAGCUGUUUCAAGGAGCUUUUUUAACAUGUUAGCUAUUAAAUAGGGCUCAGUAGCCGGGGAACUGGGUAAGGCCUCUGAUACUUCUAGGGCUGAAGUGAGCCAUAACUCUCCAUAAGAAUGACUCUGUCCCCCAGGAGAUCUCAGAUAUCUACAAGUUGUGGGGCCAGAAAUCUUGCUUCUUUCUCAGGAAGGAAAAAUCCUACCCCCUGCUUGUUAUGGAGUGAUUCUGCUCUCUGAGUUUUCUUUACUCUGAUCCCUCCCCCAUGGUUUUUGUCAGGAGGGUGGUAUCCAACCCAUUGUCAAGCUACCCUGCUGCGCUGUGAAAAUUACACAAUAAAAUAAUCUCCUGUAGUCUCUGUACACACCUCAGUGACCAAAGAAAAUCCAUGGAGAACUAAUCAAUUACUGUAGCUAUUAGGCUUAAACGUUAACUAUAGAUCUCAAAUCUUCUUUUGUCCUCUUGUCAGUGGCUACUAGGUUAUCUAGAAAAAUCAAGCACAGUUACUACCAAAAGCCCAUACCAUAAUUGUGUGGAAUCCUGGACCAAAGAAUCCUAAGCUAUAGGCAUAUAAUAUAGCUGGAAAGUACACUGCUAUGAGACUUCUUUGAAACAUAUUACUCUGUCAUAAUUCCCAUUAUUGAAUGUGAUCCCAGUGCUCAGAGCUGUCGGGCUUCAUUGGGUUUUUAAGGUAAAUGACGAGUAGGCACUCAAGUCAAUAUGAUCCACUCUUAUUUAAGUUAUUUUCUGUCAUUUUAGGAUGUAAGGCUCAGAAGCACUCUUAUUUGCCUUUUCCUCUCCAUGCUUUGUAAAAUAAGGUCUCAUGAGAACAGUUUUACAAAAAGGGGAAAACAUACUGGUAAUAAAGAAGGGGGGAAAGAAAAAGAUAGAACUGUCUAUAGUAGUAAUGUAUGACCUCUUUGUAUAUUGUGCUAAAUUGCAGUGUUUGAUAGUAUCAUCAGGAUUUAAAAGUUGCAUUGAGUAAAAAUUACUUAGUUUCCCCCAAUGCCAAAUAGUCCAUCUAAUUCAGAGGAAGGAAGUAAUUGAAAUGUAGUCAUUUACGCAGCAAGCUAAGAGGAAAUAUUGUAAAGUAAUUCUUAGCAGUUCUCAAAUGUAGGUUGAAUUUUUAAGAAAGUUCUUUUUGGCUGGAAAAAAAUCAGGCCAAUUACAGGAAGUUUGGAAGCUAGAGAGUUGGCCAACUGAAAAUGUAAGGAAACAUUGUUCAGGGGGAACAAAUGUUUGGUUCUCAUCAGUGAUGUUUCUGAGGCCGAAAGAGACAUUGCUGCCCAGUCAAACUAUUCUGAACAGGAUUUUAGAGUAAUGCCUGGUCAGCUGUUCCAGUCAGCUUAAAUAUGCAGUGUAUCUGCACGUUUAGCUAUUCUAGUAGAAUUUUAUAUUAUUAGGUGGCUCACGGACAAAAAUUAAUUCUAAAUUAUAAUUUUAGUGAAAAUAGUUUGUUAUACCUAAAAGGGAUUUUGUGACAUUUUGAAAAUCACACUGUGAGUCAUGGCAUCUUUAUUAUAUAGAACUUUGAAAUACAUUUUAUAAAAUAAGUCCUAAUACAAAGUAUAUAUUUUUCUGUUAAACAGGUAAAUACUUUCUUGGUAGAGUUUAUUUUUGGAAUGUUGUUGUCCAGGGGCUUUUCUUUAAUUUUGUUUUUCUGCUGUUGCAUUUUAGAAAAACAGAUUAAAACAAUUACUACUCUGAUGACCAAAAUCUGGAGGUCUGGACUCUGCUGAUCUUUUGGGCUUUGUACACAAUGCUGAGUUCAAACUAAGACUGUGGUUUCCAGCUCCAAAUUGAUUCUUCUGUCCAACUAUUAUUCAACUAUGACACAGAAAAACAACAUUUCUCUACUUUCAAGGGGUUGGGUUUUGCUUUAUAAUGUCUUGUUGUUUUCUCUUCUUCAGCAUUUACUGUACAGCGAGAAUUAGAGAUCAGUUUCACUAUUCUUGUAUUGCUUGUAAAGAUUAAUUUACUGCCAUAAACUGAAACUUACUGAGCAGAGAUUGUAUUUCUAUGUGAAGUCCUUCCAGCAUAAAAAAAAAUAGUAAUUACAGAGUAUGCGUCAUAUUAAAUAUUUCCUUCUUAUCAGAAUAUCCUGUUUAUAAAAAAUCUAUUAAAAGAAAAACACUGCAAAAGUGCUGUAAAAUAUGUGACAUACUCCUGAAACCAAGCUUCUGUAUCGCUUCUUCAUUGGAAAUUAACCUUGAGUUUCCCAUAGCUUUGUUUGCUGUCACCCCUUCACAUCUUGCUGCUUUGUUCAUUUAUUUAUUUGUAGCACUAUUUAUGUGGUAUCUUCAUAUGCUCUUUGCAGGUGACGUAGUUCCUUUGCAGCUCAAAGGUAAAGUUUGCAUAGCAUUAUGCUGGUUCAUGAGUUCAUGUCCUGUCGAGGGGACAGAAUGCCCACAGGGCCAGGCUUAUAAUUAACAAAAUUGUCCCAAGCAAGAAGUAGUUUUGAAUGCAUUGUUUCAAUGAGAAUUUAUUCUAAUAUUCCAGUAGACCAAGUUCAAUACAAGUUUGUUACGUAUAUAAAGACUGAAAAACAUUGCUUUGUUUAGAGUCCUGAACCUCCUCUGUACUUCUUUGUCCCCUGUCUUGUAAAUUCUUAUAAUUGACAGUAGUAUCAGGAAUAAUUAUUUCUGUCCUUCUUUGCAAGAUAGCUGGUUGUUUGCUGCAGAGAAGCUGCUAAUAUAGGAGAAUAUGCUUUUGCCAGGAAACCAUCAGAUCACAGCAGUGAUGCCUAUCACUUCUGUUAGCAUUAAAUGUAUGGCAAGUGAUUUAAUUAUCAUGGGAUGGAAGCAUAACCUAGCUAAUUGAAUUUACCUCAUCUUCUCUGACAAUGCAUCCUGAUUGCUGUAUCUUUACAUCUGCCAUAUCAGGAAGUUCAGACAAAUGCAACAAGAACAUACAUUUAAAUAAGUAUAGCUAUUAUUUUAAAACACUAUGGUAUUUUUCAAGAGUUUCAUGUUGUUGAAAUCAGGAAACAGAGUAAAAUACCAAUUUAUUUUCAUACACGCUCAUUGUAAGUUGAUGUUUCCUUUGGAUGCAGUGCUAUGUGUUUUGAUUUACUAUGUGUGUAUGAGGCAUUCAUGCUUAUGGAUGAACCUACUGUAUUGAAGAUUUCAGUAUCCAUCCUCAUGCUUUAAAUGAAAGGAUUAAGCAAAAUCUUGCUUAUGUAGCAGGAAAAAAAUUGCUAAAGUAACCAGAAGCCCUGGAAGAGAUCCACACCCUCAGGCUAUACCAUGUGAAUUGAUUUUAACUCUAAUGGGAGUAUUUUUCAUUAAAUAUAGCAUCAGCAUAUUGUAUUGUUCAUUUGUUUGCUAGCACCAGUUUAACACUGCACUCUCAUAAUAAAAAAUAUUUCUUUUGGAAAUAAUAUUUUGCAAAACCAGUUAAUGCUCUAGAGCAAAGUGAUAACAGUGUUUGAUAAGAUAUUUUCUUUCAUCUUUAUAAACAGAGUAGAGAUCUGGGAGUGCUUCCUAAGUGGGAAUGAUCAAUGCCAAUCAUAGCUUGCUCUCCACCACAGCUCCAGCGGGGUGCAGACUGACAGUGUAUUCAGCUGCAGAGACAAGAUAAAAGCUGUUCUGAUUAUGUAAACUGUUGCUUGAUCUGAAACCAUGAAGGGAGGUCAGUCAUCCUGAGUCAUUACUGUAAUCUGAUUAGAGGCCCAAAUCUAUUUUCGAUGAAUUUAACUGAGUAUUUUGCCAUUGAUUUUGACAGGAGAGCAUUCAUACUCUUCUACUGGGGGCUGCAUGCCAAAAUAAGAUGACAAGUAAGCAUGAACUCUUAGCUAGAUGAUGUAAUAAAUUAUGAGGGUCACUCCAAAAGGUACUAUUCCCAAAAUACAAUGUGCAUGAGGCUUAGCUUGUCAGUGUUCAUUAAAUAACUGCCAAUUUACGCCCUAGAAGUGAUUGCUUCUCUGUAGAGAGUGAUGCUGCUUGUAAAAUAGAUCCUUGCAAAAUAAUACCCUAGAGCAUUCUAUAUGUGUUAGUUCAACCACUUAUGAGACAAAGUCACUCUCAGGAUGAUGUAUAGCAGCUUUUCAACAGUUAUAGCAACACUAUUACAUAGUUUAGGAAAUCAAGCAAUGAAUAGUGUGCUCUCCUUCUGCUCCUCAACCAAGACAAUAUGGGAAGGAUGUAUUUCCAGGACACAUUCUAUUAAGAAGAAUACACUUAAUUAAUUUGACAUUUGAUCAACAGAAGGCUUGGCCCUCUAUCUUUUAAAAAGUUGCCAUGGUUUCUCUAAACUGAUGUUGUUAUUAUGAUUACUGUUUCCUGAAUGUCACAUACUAUUCAAAAAUUGGCAGCUCCAGUGUCCUCUAAUUAUACUGAGACGUUUUAUCAUUGUUAAUGAAUGUAGGAUAGGUGCUAUUCUUAGACAACCUUAGGAAUGAGCAAGGUUUUUGAUCCUAUGAUGGCUUGGAUCAGUCCUCCUUACUUUGCUAAAUCUGAUGAGAUGGUGUUGCGAAGUUUACAGUGUGUUUGGGAAAGAAAAGAGUUUUUAUUCUGUUGAUUUUAAUACUUUAUUCAUUUUAAAGGAUAGAUCAGUUCCACAGCAUCUUGGAAGCAUUAGAGAAUAUAUUAAAAAGUUGAUCUAUAACAGAUAAUAUUCCAAUUCAUUAUGAAGCAAGCAUUCAGUAAUUAAUAGUUACUUCAAGUGCCUACAAUAUAUUAUAGUCAUGAUUGGAUUCAAUUACAAGAGACAUAAAGAGGAUUAUUGUACUUUUUUUUUCCUCCUCAUGGCAUAAUAAAGUCAAGAUGGUUGGGAUCCAUAAAUAUUGGAGAACAGUCAAGUUGCUGGAUAUAUAACAGAUACUGCUUUUUCCAUCUGCCUGGAUGUGUAGUGUCUUCCUCGAGCAGUGACUCUAACUAGGAACUGGUAAGAACACAACUUGGUUAACAUGGUGUGAUUGCUUUUGAUCCAGUAGAAACAAAGAGAGUUUCUCUUGGCAGUGUAUUUGAAUGCCAGAUUCCAGCAUUAAUUAAAUAUUUUGUGGUACUAUGACACAAUUCUUUCAUCAUGACACUGGAUAGCUUCUUUUGUACAGUUCAGGGUGCAAGUCCCAAAAGCAGUCAGGAGGUGUGUGACUUGGGAAGGGAACAUUUCCCCUAAUGCUCUGGGCAACAGUAUUUCAAAUGUAAGGGUUUGUCCCUUCUGGCAGUUACUUAGAAGGCCUGGGAGGAGGAAGAGGAGACCCAAUGAGCUGGAUUCCCUGCAGAAUUGUGUCCAAAUGCUCCCACAGCAGCUACCACAAAGAAGAGGAAUCUUCUUCUUGAGAAGAGGAAUCUUGCCUCACCUUGGUAAGACUGUGUCCCCAGGGUUAGUACGUUUGGGUGUUUGGUGGUCAGAUAACAGGGCUGGAUGCAGUGAUAACAACCAGCUUGACAUCAGUAAAAGAAGACUGGAAAUGAAUGUUUCUGUGGCCAAACAACUAGAAAAGAAUAUGGACAAUAUCAGUGGCCUUUCAGAAUAACUAAUGGUUUAUCAUUGCUGUUACACCUAUCUAGCAAGGUCCAAAAAGUGGAUGAUACUUCCUGACUGCAGACGAGCAGGACUGGAGAAGGUACUGGGUACUCUUCUGGGCAAGUGUGAUAGGUGAGGUUGGCAAAAACAUGAGUUGGGAAUGUGUAGCUAGUUAUAGAUGUGGAUGGUACAUAUUUAGUGUGUUAAGAAUUGGUUUUUUUUCUCUUUUUGUCUUUUCUUUUAUAACAAAGUCAUUCCAUGUUUAGCAUUCAUUAGCUCAUCUCAUGGGGAGAGGGGUCUUUUCUUCACUUUUAGUCGUUCUUCUUGUCAUCCACAUUUUUGUAGGUAGCAGUCACUCUUGCAAUCCUGUUUUCCUUUUGCUUUUUUUCCUACCAAAUCCCGUUGACUGUAAAUUGACGAUUUUGCCCAGCAGCCACUUUGUAGGUGUAAGUUUUAAAAGUCCUGAAAGGAGGAAAUCUUGCAGCUAAAUCAGUGUUUUGGUUAAACUUUUGAAAUACAAUGUAUCUAUUUUUCUCUGGGAUGAAUAACAUUGCUUUCAGCAUCAGGAAAAUAAUGAAUGGAAAACCAUGUGCACUAAAGAAGCUUUACUUUAAAGGGCUACUGCCCAAGUAUGUCAUCCAACAGAGGAAAGUUGGUAGCUGCAUUGUUUUUUGUACGACAGCUACCCAGACGGUGAUGUGAUACCUUUUACUGGGCUAACCAAAGUUAAAAUUAGAACUGAGCAAAUAAAUCCCAAUGACUAAGAGAGUUUGUGCAUUUAACCUUUCUUGCUUCUGAUCAAGAUCAACCUUUUCAAGCCUAGCCGCGGACUUUUGGUCUACAGCAUGCUGAGAGAUUGCUAAGCCUGGUGAGCUUCCUACCUUUAGCUUGACAAUUUGAUUGCACAAAAACUAAUAGGCACAAAAAUACAGCUUGGUCCUACUUGUUCAGGAUUAUUGCACUGGCCAGAAAAACAAUUUCUACAAAUGCUCUUUCACUUCUCUGUCAUUUAGAGAUACCCAGUACGCAAAUCUGACCCCCAAAGUGCUUAGCUGAAUUAGGCUUCUUAGGUCUCAAGCCAGCAGGCAUGUCCAAACCUUGGGGGCUGAGCUAGGAAGUGAGUUCAGGCAUUUACCCGUAUACUUGUUUAUCUGUAUUGCUGGAGGCUUUGUGAUAACAUUUACAGAAACCCAUGUGCACUGUGACUUUUUGUAUAGGGGUUUUUUACCAAAUCACUUCCAGAUUGACUUCUAAUUUGAAAUUAGUUUGUCUCUUUCUCUCUGGUCAUUGUCCUCACUACUGCAAGUUUUUAUUCACAAAGUUUAAAGACAAAUUAUUCCUUUUCCAUAUCACUUUUACUCCUAUUGAUAGCUACCUGUCCUUCAAAGCUGGUUGUGCACUACUGUAAGCAGAGGGAGCAGCACAGCAGAGGCAAGCAGAUCAAACCGCCUGUAAACAGCAAAGUUGUAUAACUCUGAUUCACCAUCCUGUGGGUGUGGUGGAGCAGUUUCCAUAAUGGUAAACUUACUCACCAAAGUGGCCAAAGGACAUUCUUGUUCAGAAAAAAAUCCAGCCAGAGGGUAUAAGCAAAAGGAGCACCCUUCUCCUUCCUAAUUUUUUGUGCCUACUUCAUCGUUGCUUGAGGAGAGACUGUUAGUCAUGUGGCUUCUGUGGUGAAAAGAUUGUGGGUUUUAUUCCCAGCAAGGACAAACCAAAACUGGGGUAGUCAAGGCUCUGACAGUGUGCCUGGGCAGCUCCAGAGCCAUGCACUAGUCCUUCCCCCUUCCCACACAUGCGCAGGCUCCUUUGUGCUCCUGAACAGAGCAGAAAUAGGGAUGUUCAGCUUUACUUCUCAGGGAUAAAUUUCCUGCUCCAGCACACAACUCCAGCGGAGGCUGUGCCAGCAUCCCUUAAGACUCAUCACACAUUCCUCUAUCUUCAUGCCUUUACCUGGCUCAUGUCAGAGGUGUAUUCUGGCUCCUUUUUGUACCCUUUCCACCCUUUGUAAACUAUAGCAUCAGGUAGUGCUUAGAAAAUACUCAUAAACUGGUAUAAGAGUUUUUCGUGUCUCCGUACAAUCUUCCACAUCUUUCUUCAACUUCACUGCGUGCCUAUGGGAAUAUCUUUGGGUUAAUGUACCACACUCUCUGCUAGGCUUGACUCAGUCCCUGUGCUUUCCCUUGCUAAGGCCUGCAUUACCAAAACUAACUAAUAAUUCAGAUUGUGCUCAUUUUUUAGGUAUCCUAAUUAAACUCAAGGCCUAUACUCAGUCUGGGAACCUGGAAAGUGAGACUUCAGAUUUGGAGAGUUUGGUGUGGGAGAAUAGAGCUAUUGUUUGGCUACUCCCAUGCCCAUACCUUUGCAAUCUGGCUGGGUCCUGCUAGCUAUGAAAAAAAUAAUUUGCAUUAUACCUCUUCUAGGAUAAAACAAAGCAUAGCUUUCAGAGCCAUCUUUUCUUCCUGAUUCUUCUAAUUUGCAUCAUGUAAAUUCAAACUGUCUUGCCUUAAGCCUUUCUGCACUUGGGCCAGCAGCUGAAAGCCUGUGAAAGCGUGUGUAUUUUAUCCUCUGUGUGCAAUGCAGAAACAGCUUUACAAACCACAGAGACUAUUUUAAAUUAAAUGGCCAUUUUUUGCAAUCCUAUCAUUACAAAGCUGAGGCUUGAUUGUUGUCCUCAGAGUGCUUCAUAGCAGCAAAAUUCCUGCAUUUUGGGAAUUGUGCUGUCUAUUCAUCCAAUUGGAGUGGACCCAAAAGCAAAGCAUGGAACUGUUGUGAGCGCUGGCUAGUGCUCACAAUAUUACUUUCUCUAAUAGAUGGCUUGUGCUGUCAUUUUGUGGAAUGCUCAGAUGUCAAUUCAUAAUCAUUUGGAUUGUAGGGUUGACUUUUUUCAAUAAAGAUGCACGGAAAUUAUCUUUAAGAAGUGCAGUUGUUUUCAUUACUGCUUGCAUAGCAGAACUGAAAGCAGCUCCACCGUGGGACAGCAAACCCCUCAGUUCUGUAAUUUAUUAUUUGAUAUUUUUCUUUCUUCAUAUGAACAUUUAUGAAGGUAAAUGCAUACUUCAAAACAAGUCAAUCUAAGAAUGUACUUGUGGAAGCUAAGAGGUUUGGGUGAUCACUUAGGGAAAAGUUGGAGCCUUCACCUUGCAGGCGCUCCAUGCUGUGCCAUGUCCCACACAAGCCAUCCAAGCAAUGCCAGUGGGCAGCCAAGUCACACAGCUUGCUUGGCAUAGUCUGUAAGUACGGGGCAGCCUCACAUCUUGUUUCCAGAGUUUUCCAGUUGGACUUUCUUUCUGUCUAGUUUCUUUCUGUCUAGUUUUCAUGAAACCACUGCCUCCCACAGAGGCCUGGGAGACCCUUAGAUGCUCACAGCUGCUUAGCUGAGUUUGUGGAUUAAUUUAGGUCUGUUGCCUGUUGGAAUGCAAGGGCUAUCUAAAUGGGGUGGGGUGUCCUGGGUUGCUUCUGGACCACGAUCACAUACCCCCAGGCCAGACGUAUGGCUGGCUGUGUGCACAGCACUCAAUGCUGCCACUUUUAGAGGGCUAUGGACCCAAAUUCCUACUCUUUGGAGCACCAGGAGAUGCAACCCCUAGGGAAGAAGAGGCCUGUUUGUUGGGUAAUCCAACACAAAUUGAACCUUGAACAUAGGGGCACCCUGAUGCUGUAGUCCCUUGAUACUUUUGAAUGGAGUUAUCCUGGCUUCCUCUGCGCACCUGCUGCAACAAGUGUCUACAGGAGAGGACCUUCUGCCCAUAAAGUGAUUAUUCUUACUGAUCUUGUUCUUUUGGGACUGUUUUGAUACAUGAAUGUUUCCAGGGAAAAGAUCUAAAUUAUGUAGUCUAUUAGCAUGAUGAGCAGUUUGCAAAAUACUUCCAGCACCAUAAUCUUCUCUUUGUUUAUUAAUAGUUGUCUUAUUUAUUCUCUGACUUUCAUACAGAUGCAAGCUACGCUACAGCCAUACAGACUGACUUCAAUUUAAUCCAAACAUAAGAAUGUUAAAGACAAUUUGAUAAAUAUUAAAAUAAUAUUUAACAAUAUUAGAACCAGUUAGAAUUUUAAGUGACUUGGUAAAAAGGUAGUUCUGUGUUGUUUUUUAGUUCACUUAAUUAAACCCCAAAAUCCCCUAAGAUACAAAUCCCGUUCUGUCUGAAAAUAGUUUAUUACCAACCAGUUUCUCACAAGAUGUCAUUUUGUAUGUUGGAAUACCUGCCAGCCAUCACCUUGAGACUUCAGAGUCUAGGUUUAAAGAUGCCUAAAAUAAAUAGCAUACACCACAUGUAAAUACAUAUUUAAAAUUCUGUGAAGUCUUAAAACUGUUGAUUGAUUGUUUUCUUUGGUCACAAGUAAUUCAGCUGACUCUCCUGGGUUUAACCUGCUAAUAUAUUCAAGACAUGUGACUGAUACUUUCCCAAAGUAAAUAGUAUUUCGUGUCUCUGUUCAUCUCAUGCUUCUAAAUGAUGUAUUUGGAGGUAUGCUACUGUCAGAGAACUUAGGGAUUUGGCAGAAACUCCCUGCAGAUUUGUCUAAUGACACCAAAACCCACCUCUGGCACAUUUAGUAUUGCUCUCAUCUCCUCCUGAGAGAGCCUUAGAUAGCUGAGAGGCAGGUAGAUGAAUUAUACUGCCUUCUGGAAGUACAUUUUUUUUUCUCUUGCCCAAGUGGCUCUGUGUUUUCUUUUUUGUGAAGGUCUGAGAUUAAUCUGACCUGUGUGAAUCGGUAGCAAGAUGGGAUGGGUUUUUAAUGAAUUUCUUCUUUGGGAUUUUUUUUGUGUAUGUAUGUACUCCUGUCUACUUGGGUUAAGCACAUGCAGGAUAUCCAGGGUUUAAUUAAUCAUUCAGAGUGGUGGGAAAUUCAGUAUAAUUAUUAAAUCUUGUAGUAUUACUUCUUUAAUAAUGGCUAUAAUACUCAUUACAAAACUGCAUAACUAGCAGAAGUUUCAACAGAUCAGUGUAGGAUUACCCCGGUUUGCACAGGUGUACUAUCUGAAAAUAUCCUGAUGGAUGGAGCUUUACAAGACUGCUUAUGAUUGUCAGAUCAUUGCUCUCUAUAUGUGUGGCACUGUCAGUCAGUAGGACAGAUCGGGUAUUAAUAUUUAGUUGAGUGCGCUUCCCCUAAAUUGGAAGCCAAGAAAAGUAGUAGGGAGGAUUUCUUACUUGUACCAGCUGUAAUGCCGUAUAGCCAAUUUACUGAAGAAAAAAGUAAUCAGUAAAUUGCCUAAUCUUUGUAUUUUGAAAAUAACAACAAAUAGAGGUUCUUUGUAAAACUGUCUUGUUUCCAGAUAAAAUAAGAUACGUUGCACUAAUUGCAGGGGCAGUAAGAGAGAACGUCCUACAAAGCCAGACGAGUGAAAAGAAAAACGACAUUCUGAGAACAAACCAGGAGAGCAUUUCGCUGGUGUAGGAGCAAGGCAUCAGGACAUAUGGAUUAGAUUUCUGUAACCAGCCCUGUGGCCCAGGUUAACUGUGGAAGCAGCUCCAGCUCAGCCCGCGCUGUGACCGCGGGGCUCCGGGCUCCCAACACUGCCACCUGCCGGCAGCCGCCCCGCCAAGGAGCUGAUCCUCCGCGCCAGCCUUCAGCGACUGGCGGUAACUUUUUAUUACAGAUGACUUAAAAUUAAUGGCCCCGAGUCUCCUCUCACUCGUUUCGGUGUGAAUGAGGGCGUUUGAAGGAGAGGAGUCUCCGAGUUGAUAUGGUUCAUUCCUCAAACCUCACCUCCCAGUUUUUAAGCCUUUAGUUUUUGUUCAAAAAAACUCCUGGGAGAAAUUCUGCUGUGAAAGGGGACCAGCAUCAGGAGGAAUGAACUCACAGGGUACACUCUCUGUAGGUGAAGUGGUGAUCUUAUAGGAUGCAUGCCGUGGAAACUUGUCUUUUAGCAAAAAUGCAAUCCUUUGCCUUUCUAUGCUGGGUAGAGGCAGCUGCUUUUCGACUGUAUCCUGGCUGGAAGGAACAAUUUUCUGUCACAAUAAGCAUAUCUUGUCUUUUGUGGGGGCAGGGGGUGGGAUAAAUAAUCUCUCUCUAGUACAGAGAGGGUCCAUCUUCAUCUGCAAUUAAUCAAUCAAUCAAUCUUCUAUUUUACAGAAUGCUUCUUGAGUACUCCUUGUUUGUUGCACUUACCAGGCAGUACCGCAGCCAAACAAAAAGCAGGGUUUGGUUCGUCUCACAAAUUGAAAACAAAGCAGCACCUCAUAUAUGUCACUCUUUGUGUGAUUUCAUUAGCUCUUAUCCUUUAUCAGACACAGCAGAUGUUCAAGGGUAAAUGUAACACAAAAAAACCCUCACAAAAUAAUUUUUAUUCUCUCUGAAAGGCAAUCUAUUUACAGCAGCGAAGUAACAGAAAGGAGUACCAGCAUAAGCUGCUUUACUCUGUUUGCUUGGCCUGUGGCCUCUGGAAUAGCUUCUACUGGGAAUCCCAUCAUUUAGAUGGCAUGCUGCAUACAAGUAUUUUUCAGUUUGAGGUACUGCUGGUAUUUGUAUUCAGUUUAGUUUAUGCUAUUUCUUUUGUUUGCUUUUCUAUGAAUACAGAUGAUGAGGAUAAUUUUUAAGAUUUUGCAAUGAGAAGCUCACUUUAGUAAGGCUUUUUUUAGUUCUUAGAAAAUAUAACUUAAACAACAGAAGUAUGUAAGUAUGACUGUGCCAGGACAUUCUAUGUUAACAAACUUUUAAAAUGUUACUCAUUAUCUUUAUUUUGCCAUAAAUAAAUUAAUGCUUCACAUGUUCCAGGGGUUUAUGGAAAACUGUCAAAAUGAUGAGUUGUUUGAUAAAAUUUAUAAACAUUUAUUCAAGUAAGUAUCACUGUAACUUUUAGAUAUUUUCUUGUACUUUCCUUUUAUUUAAAGACUUUGACCAUAUGUCAUUUUUUAAUCCUCUUACAGUUUUAAAACCUCUUGGUGUGGUCUCCAGACCUCAUUUACAUCCAUUUAAGUUUUCUGAAUAUUUUGCAGUAGGGGAGCUUUGUCAGGAGCAUCUCUUAUCAGGCCAGUCUUGAGGUUUAUUAACAUCAUCUCCUAGAGGAAAAGUGGCCAUGAAGGAAAUACUGUUUGCUCUCGCUGGUGGAUACUCUUAGCUUUAAAACAUGAUUAAGCACUGAAAUGAAUGAGGAUGCAUAAGAAUUUGAAAGGCUGUAGCCUGGCUCAGUACUGAAGGAUGAACAGUAAACUCCCAUCUGCUUGCUUGCAGGAAAGUGCCAUAUCUUCGUCACAAUCCUGCAAGUUACUCCUGAGCUUCCCAAUUGCUGUGUGCUGAUGCACCAUAAUAAAACACUUUCCCAAAUUACAGGUCUUUCUGCGAGAAUUUUCAGGGUUGAAGCUUAUCAGACCCACGCCUCCAACUACAUCAAAUGUAUGCGACCUUCUUUUUGAUGGCGUAAGUUACUGGAUCAAGAGGUCUUUAUCUUUAGCAAGAUGUUCAUAACAAUAGAAAUGUGUAAGCUUCAUUUGAUAUGCAAACCACUUUCAGUACCUUGUAACUGCAGAGUUGUUUAGCAAGCCAGAACUGGAAACAGCAGGUUGUGCCAAUUUACAUAGCCUUCAAUACAGUGUAUAUCUGGGUCAUAUUUUCUUUUUUAUGCUGAGAAGGCUCACAAAUUCAAAGAAGCUGUGUUAAUAUAAUAUAUAACAACAUAAAAGUAAUAAACGCAGGGACACUCGCAGUGCUGAUGUAUAUGUAGCGUGUUGAUUGCACACUUGCAUGGUAAGGACAACCUAUGCCCAAGACCUAGAAGAGCAAAUUUCCUCUCAAAAAUAAGAAAAUACAUAUGAAUAUAGCGAUUCAGUGCCUCCCACACUUCUGGAAGAACUUCCUAGCCCAUGAAGACUGGGUCUUCUAGCGAUUUUGACUUGCUAGUAAGACAGAUGAUCGUGAAGAAAGAUGUGUAAUCACUGUCUUCUUCACUGUUGCUAUGGUUAACCAUAAAGAUUUUUUUUUCUUUUUAGGUGAGUGCUGGGUGAUCAGGUAAUGUAUGACACUCUUUUAUGGCUGACCACUGGGAAAGCAUCACUGGAGAAGGAGCUGAAUUCCAUAUAAAGUGGUAACUGUGAACAGCUACUGCUCCAUCAAGCUGGAUGAGCACAAGUCAACUAAUAAACAGAACUAAUGAAUGUAUCCUUUCAAUAACAAGUCAUACCAUGUAAUGCUUAUACAAAAGAGGUGAGUGGUUUGAUGACAUAACUUCUGUUUUAACUGCUGGCAUACAACAAAGUAUCUGUGCGUAUCUGAUAGCAGGACAUGGUUUCCAGUGUGACCCUCUGAUUUUGCUAAAAUGAUCACAGCUGUGAAUGUUACUUGGAAAAAUGAGUACCUCUUCAAACAGGGAUGCAAAAGGAAAAAAAACCCUACACCUUGAAACUGUACUUAAUGUGGCAUUACAACCAGAAAGGAUGCUGACCUCUCAUAAGGCAGGCUUGGGAGAGAGGUUAAAGGAGAGAUAAAAAGCCAAGACAAACCUGUAGCACUGAGUGGGUGAAACUAAAGUGGGGGAGGAUUAAGAUGGUGUAUUUCCCUCCCAGGCUGGGUUUUACUUCAUGAGAUUUAAAUGAGAGAGUGAUCUUCCUCUGUGAUAUGUCACCAUUAUCAAUAUCAAGGAAGCAACAGAGGUUGCUGCUAAGCUUAGCAGGCUUUUCCACUGGGCAGCUAAUAGGCAGUGAAGUGUGGAAUAGGCAUGGCAUGGGGAGGCUUAGAAUUCCAUUUCAGCAGGUGUUUCAAGCAAGGAACAUGGACAAAUUCCUCACCCCAACACUGCUGCUACCACAAAAGAGGCAGGGACCCAGUAAGCUAAUCCCAUGGACAAUGUUUUCAUGCUGCAGAUGUUUCAGAGGUAAGUUUUAGGUCUAAUCAGUGUGUUGAAGGUGCUUCAGUGAUGAUCACACUGUUUUUUCUCUAUGAGAAAAGGAAAAUCAUGUAACAAAUCUGUGCAUAUUGCUUUGUAACUGCCCUGAUGUAGGUAUGAUUUCAUUAAGUAUUUGUCUUAACUGAAUGAGUUAUGGCAGAGAUUGAGCAUGAAGCCCAGUUGCUGUCGCCUCUUGUCUUCAUUUUGUAAAGGAGAUCUAUACUUCUUGCUUUUUUUGGACUAUUUUAACAAGUUCCCUGAUGUUAUUUGGAUGCCUGAAUUGUUAUUUGCUGCCCUCAUUGUGAUUUGUGUGUUUCUCACACCGGGUGAUGUUAAUAUUUAAUGAAUUUUAGACCAGAACAAAGAGAAGAUUCAAUGCACACAAUGAUAUAAGUACUCUCCUGUGGUAGUUGUCACUUAAGAAAUUAUUAGGGCAGAUUUAUUUUUCCUACAGUUGUUGCUUUAGAAGGGCUAUGGCUGCACUGGAAUUAAAAAAGAGUAACCACUGAUUACAGAUAGAGAAGCCAGCUUGCCAGAAGACUCAGUACAUCUUUCCAAUGGAAAAAAUACUUGGACAUGCAAAAAUCUAUUCUGGAGUAGUGCAUAAUAUGUACCUCUACGGGCUCAUGUCUGUUUAAAAUGCAUGGAAAUGUGAAGAUGACAUCUCCCAGAAAAAAAAAUCUAGGUUACAUUUAUAUCCUGAGUUUGUUAUGUAUUCUACACAGUAUGGAGCAAGUUUUGUACUUGACUUGUAUUUUUAUGGAAUAUAGAAUCCUUUUAAUGGUAUCUAAAUUAUCCUAUGUGCCUAUGCAGCUUCAACCUGUACAGACCGAGAUUGGAGGAAUAAAGCAGGUUUUCUUUUCUCAGAGAGAGGGAUUUUGCUAGUGAUGUCUACAAGUUGAUCGGUUUCAGUUCUCUGUAGUCCCUCCCAUAGGUGCAAUUUCAGCAAUUUCAGCUUCUGUGCCCUACCUAAAGGUAGGUGACAAGUUGAGUUGGAAAUGAAGUGUACAAGUUUUUUAGAACAAAGAUGUAAGCUUUCAGAGGUCUUGGCUUUUGGGUUUUAUUCUUAAAAUGUUCAUGUAAAUCUAUUUGUCUUGCAUCUUCCUGGGAAAUGAAAUGUAUUUGAAAUAGUCCUGUAUAUAUCAGCCUGUCAUGCACCUUAUUUGCCAUUACUAUAAGCAUUUUUGAAACAGCAGCUCACAUGCACCCCCGGAAGAAAUAAAAUAAGAACGCAUAGAAACCUGGAAACAUUUUUCA